UUGGAUUUGGAUUGUCUCUCAAUAAAUAAGUUCCACAGCGAUUUCUCCCUCAAUAAAUUGUGUUUUACAAGUUGCUGUGAAGAGAAAAUUCACAAAAUUCGCCUAAAUUCACGUUUCUUCAAAUAAAUAUCAAUUAAAAACAUUUAAUUUAGAUAAAUUAAUAAACACAAAACACCCAUCCGCACGCAAUAGUCAUGGGAAAGAAAGAUAAAAGCUUCAACAUUGGGGAUUUGGUUUUCGCCAAAGUCAAAGGCUAUCCACCAUGGCCGGCCAAAAUAACAAAAACCAACAAUAAAAAGUACAGCGUGUACUUUUACGGCACUGGCGAAACGGCCAACAUAAAGAUCGAGGACCUUUUUAAUUAUAAGGACAGCAAAAACAAGUUCGCCACCGACAAGAACCUGAAACGUGCUCACUUCCGUGAGGCCAUUGCUCAAAUAGAAGCCGCCCUCGAAGGCGAGGACUCGGCGCCAAUUAAUUUAGAAGAGUUGGAUGCGAGCGUCGUUGGGCAAUCGGACGCCGCCGGCGCUGCCGCAGCCGGGGGAGGUAAUGACACAACGAUCGCAACCGAUUUGGACGAAACUAAUGCUUUGGAUGAGACAGUCGCCGAAGAAGCAGACGAAGUUAUGUCGGCUGCAACAACCGCCGUUGCGGCUGCUGCUGAUGAAACAGUUGACGAGAUCGCCACCGAGGCUGAAGUGGCAGAGGAACAGACUGUUGCUGCCGAUGUGAAACCGGCUGUCGAAGAAGCUGUUUCCUCUUCGACGUCUCCUGCACCAGACGCUGCCAAAGGUACGCCAGAAACUGAGCUUGUUAGCCGAAGUGGACGAAAGAUCAAACCUAAGCGGUACAUGGACGAAGAGGAAGUCCCCCAGAAUCCGUCGAAGCGACUUAAGGCCGAAACUAAAGACUCGCCACCCAGCGAUGCCAAAACAAAGGCAAACAAAAAAUCCAACAAAACUGCCCCCAAAUCAGAUAUUCAAAAUAAUCUACUCCUCGCCUACACCACCUCCAACAAAUGUGUUGGCAUUAAGCUAGACUAUUUGAAACCCGAUGUCUUCGAAGAUGAAGCUGCCAAAAAACAUUGGGAAGACAAUAUGCGAAAGGAGUGCUAUGUACUUAAGGAAAAAAUCGAGCAUGGUCUUGUAAAGGUGGAUUCCCUAAAAGAACGCAUAGUUUUAAAUCCAAAUCGUACGCGCAUCCACAAAGACGAAGCCGAACGUUUUACAAAUGAAAUGAUAGACCAAGAAGACGCUCUAUUCACAGAACGUGACUUCAUCAGACUCUCACAGGAGUUACGUGAAAGCCUCGGACUCAAACGGGCCAACAUCGAUAGGUGCUUAUCACUAUUAGACCAAUUCAAAGAUUUAGAACUAAAUCAAUUGAUGUUGAAGCGGAAUGCAGAUUGUGUUGAUACAAUAAGAAGACUUCGUAAAUAUGUCGGCAAUCUUAAACAGUGGAAUCUUACCGCCGAAGAGCAGGAAGAUUUCAACAAAAAAGCCGGAAUCAUACGCGAAAGAGCUGCCAAAAUCUAUCAAAGUUUCAAGAAAAUGUUCAUCGUCAAAGAAGAUCAACAUUUCUGGGAACAGUUUUGCGAGAUGGUCGAAGAAUUCCGCCGAGUCACAAAGCACAUUUCUGAAUCUAAUCGGUUUUUAAUAACCGAAAAAUCUUAUCAAAACAUCCUCUCCGACAAAGAAGCUAUCAAAAAAGAGGAAGAAGAAGGAAAGAAAACAAAUAACUUAAAGUCGUCAAAAAAAGAAAGCCAAGAUCAAGGUAUCGGGGGUGAUGUCACACCAAUGGACGAAUCAAAAGAUGAUGAGGAGAAAACUGCAUCGGGUAUUGCAAUAGAAACAGCAUAAGUGUUUUUUUGUAUUUAGAAAUAACAAAACAAAAAUUCUAAAUUCUGUACAUUAAAAUGGAGUAUAUGAGAAUUCAUCGCGGUUUUUCGUCUCUUUUAAUUCUUUUUUGUUUUUAAUUUAGAUCUAGAUAAUGUGCGCAGCAAUUGACUUUCUAAAAUUUGUCAUUUUUAUUUUUGAAAAACAAAACACAUUUAAAAUGCCUAGACCUUAGCCCAAAACGAAGAUGAUGAGGACGACGACGAUGCACGGUUGUGUUUUCUAUUUUCUAUUUUUCAUUUUGAAUAAUUGUAAUAUUUUACAUAAAAAAUAAAAUAUCUAAAAGAAAUUAUCUAAUUUUUAAAAGUUAAACGCGUGAUGAGGUGGAGAUGAGAGGAUAACAACAUAAAUGCAUAAAGCCUUCUUAAGAAUAAAUUAGUAGAUGUAUGCAGGUAUAUAAAAUAGUUUAUAUUCUAUUUACAUAAAGGAUAAUAAAACAAAUAAUAAUAAAAUUUAAA